GUUUUAGGCCUGUCAAAAUACCAGCAGCCAAGCUGCUAAUACCUCAACUAUACACGCACAUCGUGCACAGAUGGUAAAAGAGGAGCUUUGAGUGGGGCGGGGAUUUGCAUUAAACCCAGCAGGACUGAGCGAGCCUUCGUGGAACGCCAAACGCUUUUCAACCUUGACCAGGGCUGGAAACGUUAAAAGGGAGAUUGUUGGAAUAACAAAAGGCCACGAUGGGACAUUCCACCAUGCCGCUCACAUUUACGUACCAGUGUGCCAACAGGGAUCAACACAAAAGCGCCCGUCUACAACCCUCCACGCCAAACGAGAACCUGAACAACGCAUUGGGUGCCAUCAGGGUGCUGGGUUUCGAGCGGAUCGAAGCUGAGCUGAAGCCUCACUUACGCACAGUGCUGGUGAACAUCCAGGAGAGGAACAAAGGCGCCGCCGAGCAAGUUGUGAUCAGCGGGAUUCUUCCGGUUUUGGCGCUCUUGCUGAGGGAAAGAGGGCCCCUGGCGCUGCUAACCGCGCAACUGCUAGCUGAACUUGCCAAGGAAUCGGUGAUACGGAAAGGUUUUGGAGAUGGCGGUCUGGUUACGGCUCUGCUGUCUGUGCUGACCAAUCCGGACCAGGAUCUGCUGAGGCAUGCGGUCCAGGCCAUCACUCGCAUGUCUUUUGACAGCUGUAAGCAUCAGAAACUGUUACUGAGCAAAGGGGCGGUACCUCGUCUGGUCGCUGUCCUCCUGCGAUUCCCCGGCAACGAGGCCUUAGAGGAGGUAUGCCUCCGGGCCUUGUGCAACCUCAGUGGCAUGAGCAUAGCAGAGGAGGCCAGUGUUGUGUGGGAGAGAAGCACACCAGCCCAGCCGCAGGAAUGCAUCUUUCGUGGCGUGGCACCACCACACAAGUGCGGCUUCGUGACCUCGGUGACCGUGGUGCGUGUGUGUCAAUGGGCGCCGGGGCAGUACGCCAUCGGCGUGGAGCUGGUGCAACGUUGUUCCGCCUCCUUCUUGAACUUUCACAAAAACAAGAGGCCCGCUCGAUGGCUCCCUUUCUUCAACUUUGGGAGAUGUUCCAAAAUGGCAAACAGGAACAGUCUGAGACGGUCCAGUCUGAAGACACUAGUCUUCCACACCUUCCUCUAGAUUUGAACUUUGAGGUAUUUUUUUGCUCAAAUUGGGUUGAUGCGGAAAUAAAGUGGACUUUUACAACAGUUUACAAUACUGUAAAGGCAGCUUAUGCUCAGUAGUAGCCCACAUUGUUUUUAUAGGUUUCAAAAAAUUAAGAAUUCCUUUAUUAUACUAAUAGUUUUUUUUUUAAAAAGUGCAUGUGUCAAAGGUAGGAAAUGUGGAUGGUUUUGUUCAAAAAAUCUUGAUGAAACUGCGGCUCAGCAUCCUCCUGCUGUUUGUUUUUUUGAAUGUAUAAAUGUGUCAAGAAUUUAAACGGUGUGCUUCAAGUGAUUGGGUAAAAAAAAAAAAAAAGCUGUCAUUUAACCG